AUGGCGUCCCCGCGCGGAAAUCGCCGGGCCAGCGUGCCGCUGCAGCAUGCUGCGGCGGCGCUCCUGCUCGCCCUGUCCUGCUGCUGCUGCUGCGCCCGCGCCGAUCCGUCGUCGCCGAACCAUCCGAAGGUGCCGGCGGUGAUCGUGUUCGGGGACUCGACGGUGGACACGGGCAACAACAACGCGAUCGGGACCAUCCUGAAGAGCGACUUCCCGCCGUACGGGCGCGACAUGGCCGGCGGGGCCAACCCCACGGGGCGGUUCUGCAACGGGCGCCUGCCCCCGGACUUCAUCUCCGAGGCGCUCGGCCUGCCGCCGCUCGUCCCGGCCUACCUCGACCCCGCCUACGGCAUCCAGGACUUCGCACAAGGCGUCUGCUUCGCCUCCGCCGGCACCGGCCUCGACAACAAGACCGCCGGCGUCCUGUCAGUGAUCCCGCUGUGGAAGGAGGUGGAGUACUUCAAGGAGUACAAGCGUCGUCUCCGGCGGCACGUGGGGAGCGCCAGCGCGCGGCGCAUCGUCUCCGACGCACUGUACGUGGUGAGCAUCGGCACCAACGACUUCCUGGAGAACUACUUCCUGCUGGUGACGGGGCGGUUCGCGGAGUUCACGGUGGGGGCGUUCGAGGACUUCCUGGUGGCGCAGGCGGAGUGGUUCCUGGGCGAGAUCCACGCGCUGGGCGCGCGCCGUGUCACCUUCGCGGGGCUCAGCGCCAUCGGCUGCCUGCCGCUGGAGCGCACGCUCAACGAGCUCCGCGGCGGGUGCGUCGAGGGGUAUAACCAGGUGGCGCGGGACUACAACGCCAAGUUGCUCGACAUGCUCCGCCGGGUCAUGGCGGCGCGCCCGGGGCUCAAGGUCGCCUACAUUGACGUGUACAAGAACAUGCUCGACCUCAUCACCAACCCUUCCACGCUGGGGCUGGAGAACGUGGAGGAGGGGUGCUGCGCGACGGGGAAGGUGGAGAUGUCCUACCUGUGCAACGACAAGAGCCCCCACACAUGCGGCGACGCCGACAAGUACUUCUUCUGGGACUCGUUCCACCCCACGCAGAAGGUGAACCAGUUCUUCGCCAAGAAGACGCUGGACCUGUGCUACCAGGAGCUCCUGUGA